CUCGAUCGAUUAUUGCAAAUAUAUAUUAUAUUUCAUGUCCCUAUCUAUACAUAGUCAUACACAACUUCAUUUUACUAUAUAAAGAGUAGAGAUAUCAAUACAAUCUUCAAACCAAUUCAUCCAAAAAGAAUAAAACCAUGUUGAUGCCCCAAGUGAUGAACCUGCAAACACGACCUAUCCAAACGACAUCGUUUUCGAGGUCGUUUAACAACAAUCAAAAGUCAUUAUUCCUUCUUGAGAAUAAUAAUAUAGGAUCACUAAGUAGUAUUAGUAACCCUAAUCCAUUGUUACUAGUCUCAGCUGGUAAUAGAGCUAGGGUUAGUAGUAGUAGUAGUAAUCAUAGCAAAAGAGGGUUAUUUGUUGCUCCAAUAAAAGCUAUUUUGAUUGGAAAUAUUAUUAACAAGUUAACUUCAAAUGUUAGGCUUGUUGUGACUGUUUUACCAACCCUUGGUGGGGUUUUGACUAAUGUUGGUAUUGGAAAAGGAAUUGAUGAUGCACAAGACUUUUUUGGUCAUUCACUUCUCAUUGAGCUAGCCAGUGCUGAACUUGAUCCUAAAAGUGGAUCGGAAAGGAAGAGGAUCAAAGGGUAUGCACACAAAACCAGUCUAAUUGAUAUUCUUGGUAAGGUGACAUACGAAGUAGAUUUUGAUAUUCCAAAGGAAUUUGGAGAGCUUGGGGCAAUUCUUGUAGAGAAUGAGCAUCACAAAGAGAUGUUCCUCAAGGACAUUAAGAUUGACGGCGAGGGCUUGCUUAAUGGCCCCGUUACUAUCAAUUGCGAAUCUUGGAUUCAUUCCAAGAGUCAGAAUCCUCAAAAACGAGUCUUUUUCACCAAUAAGUCAUUCUUGCCAUCGAAUACUCCAAGUGGAUUAAAGAAACUGAGAGAAGAGGAUCUAAAGAGCCUAAGAGGAAAUGGUGAAGGACAACGCAAGAAGCAUGAAAGAAUCUACGACUAUGAUGUGUACAACGAUCUCGGGAGUCCUGACCUAAUGUCCGAUCUCAAAAGGCCAGUUCUUGGUGGCAAAGAACACCCUUACCCUAGACGUUGUAGGACCGGUCGACAUCCUUCCAGAUCAGAUCCAAAGACAGAAUCAAGAUUAUCAUCGGACGUACUUUUCUACAUACCUAGAGAUGAAAACUUCUCAGAAAUAAAACAAAUGACAUUUGGAGCAAAGACACUAUUCUCAGUUAUGCAUGCAUUGGUACCAUCACUAGAAGGACUUUUAGUUGAUAAAGAAGGCUUCCCAUAUUUCACAGCCAUUGAUACACUCUUUGAUGAAGGCAUCAAAAUCCCACCAAAUCAUCACAACAAAUCUCUUCUCAAAUCCGCCUUACCAAGGUUGGUCAAGGCUGCUUCUGAUGUUGAUGAUGUUCUUCAAUUCGUUCCUCCCGAACCAAUGGACAGGGACAAAUUCUUUUGGUUAAGGGAUGAGGAAUUUGGAAGGCAGACUCUAGCUGGUCUUAAUCCACAUGGCAUUCAAUUGGUUACGGAAUGGCCACUAAAAAGUAAACUUGAUCCAAAUGUGUAUGGCUCAGCAGAAUCAGCAAUCACCAAAGAAAUUAUUGAUAAAGAGAUCAAAGGUUUCAUGACUGUUGAAGAGGCAAUAGAACAAAAGAAGUUGUUUAUGUUAGACUACAUGGAUUUGUUAUUACCAUUUGUGGAAAAAGUAAGAGAACUUGAAGGAACAACUUUGUAUGGAUCAAGAGCAUUGUUUUUCCUGACUGAAGAAGGUACAUUAAGGCCUUUGGCUAUUGAGCUCACUAGACCACAAAUGGAUGAUAAGCCACAAUGGAAGCAAGUCUUUACACCUACUUGGAAUGCAACUGGUGAUUGGCUAUGGAGGCUCGCGAAAGCUCAUGUUCUUGCUCAUGAUUCUGGUGUUCACCAACUCGUUAGUCACUGGUUAAGGACACAUUGUGUGACAGAACCAUACAUAAUAGCAACAAAAAGGCAACUGAGUGCAAUGCACCCUAUAUUUAGAUUGUUGCACCCUCAUUUUAGAUACACAAUGGAAAUCAAUGCCUUAGCUCGUCAACUACUAAUAAAUUCAAAUGGAAUAAUAGAAAGCACAUUCUCACCUGGUAAAUUCUCAAUGGAGAUAAGUUCUGCUGCUUAUGACAAACUAUGGCGAUUCGAUCAUGAGGCCUUGCCAGCAGAUCUUAUAAGCAGAGGAAUAGCAACAGAGGACCCUGACUCUCCACAUGGCCUGAAAUUAAACAUCGAAGAUUACCCUUUUGCCAACGAUGGCCUCCUCAUCUGGGAUGCCCUUAAACAAUGGGUUACUAGUUAUGUGAACCACUACUACUCAGAUUCAAGCCAAGUUGAGUUAGAUGAGGAGUUGCAAUCUUGGUGGACAGAAAUUCGAACAGUUGGGCAUGAAGAUAAGAAAGAUGAGCCAUGGUGGCCUACUCUUGAGACACCAGAAGACCUUAUUCAAAUUCUAACAACUAUAGUUUGGGUGACAUCCGGUCACCAUGCAGCUGUAAACUUUGGUCAAUACACGUAUGCAGGAUAUUUCCCUAACCGAGCAACAAUAGCUAGAACCAAUGUCCCAACAGAAGAUCCCACAGAUGAAGAGUGGAAAUACUUUAUUGACAAACCUGAAGGGACUCUCUUGCAAUGCUUACCUUCUAAGCUUCAAGCGGCUAAAGUAAUGGCGGUUUUGAAUGUGUUGUCUACUCAUUCGCCCGAAGAAGAGUAUCUUGGGGAGGCUUUGGAGCCUUCCUGGGGUGAUGAUACUUACAUAAAGGCCACUUUUGAACAAUUUAGUGGGAGAUUGAAGGAGAUUGAAGGGAUUAUUGAUGAAAGGAAUGGUAAUCAAGAAUUGAGGAAUAGAAAUGGAGCUGGGAUUGCUCCUUAUGAGCUUUUGAAGCCAUCUUCUGAGCCUGGUGUGACUGGAAUGGGUGUUCCUUAUAGUAUUUCUAUUUAAAGAUAAUGAAUAAUUUCAAGUAAUAAGGAAUGGGGGAAGAGGUUGCACUUGUAUUAUACAUGUGCAUGCAUGUCUUGUUUCCCAAUAUUUCCAUUUUAAAAGUAAUAAAUUGUUAUUGGUUGUAUUUUAUAAUUAAUGGUUUUUCUUUAUUAAUAAAAUAUUUUUUUCUCUUA